AUAUGGCGGCUCCCGCAGGGCCCUGAAGGAUGCGGCUGACUCGGAAGCGGUUGUGCUCCGCGCUCUUGGUCGCCUACUUGCUCUUCUCCUUUUAUGCGGCUUACAGUGUCUUUCUGAAGCCCCGCCGUCCCACCGCCUUUCGGGCGGCCCAGAGGGAGAAACACGGGCGAGGAGAACAUGCAGUUUUGGGAGCUGAAGAAUGGAAUCCUUGGGAAGUAGAUGAGAAAAAUGAUUUGCAACAGAAGUCUGGAAAUAGCUUCCAGUUGUUGAAAUUGCAAAAAGAACAAACAGACCUUAGGGUACAAAUCUGGGGAAAAGCUGCUAUUGGCCUUUACCUAUGGCAGCAUAUCUUUGAAGGUCUGCUUGAACCUGCUGAUGUAUCAGCUCAAUGGAGAGAAGGAAGCAUGAAAGCAGGAAAAUCAUUCUUCAGCUUCAUUACUGGUCCAGCUGUUGUCCCUGGCUACUUCUCAGUAGAAGCUGACAAUGUGGUUUUAGUGCUGAAUGGUAGAAAGAUCUCCUACGCCACUCAGUGGCUGCAUUAUGCACAAACAUUAGCACAGACUCAGAAACUGAAGCAUGCUGCUGUUGUCUUGCUCGGAAGUGAACAGUGCAGAAAUGAAUGGAUUUAUCCUUACUUAAAAAACUAUGGCGGGUUUGUGGACCUUCUCUUUGUAAUUUAUGACAGCCCCUUAGUGAAUGAAGAAGAUAUUUUCCAGUGGCCUUUGGGAGUAGCAACCUAUAGAAAUUUUCCUGUAGUUGAGCCAAGCUGGUCUAUGCUCCACACGCCAAGGUUAUACCAUUGCAAUUUUUUAGGAACUGUUUAUAAGAAUUCAACAAGAGAGACUCUCUUGGAAGUAGUGAAGCAAAACAGACUUCAUAAACUCUGUUGGAUUUCAGCCAGAGAAGAGUGGUGGCCUCAAGAAACUAAUGAGAGCCUUCGAAACUAUCAAGAUGCAUUGCUACAGAGUGAUCUCACAUUAUGCCCAUUGGGAGUGAAUACAGAAUGCUAUAGAAUUUAUGAGGCCUGCUCAUUUGGCUCCAUUCCUGUUGUGGAAGAUGUAAUGACACCAGGCGAUUGUGGAAAUUCAUCUGUGUACCACAGUGCGCCACUGCAAUUACUAAAGACCAUGGGAGCUCCCUUUAUCUUUAUUAAAAACUGGAAAGAGCUUCCUGCUGUUUUAGAAAAAGAGCAAAUUAUGAGCUUACAGCAAAAGAUUCAAAGGAGGAAAAAGCUUAUGGAAUGGUAUCGGCAAUUUAAAUCACAAAUGAAACAAAAAUUUAUUAGUGCACUGGAAAAUUCAUUUUUACCUAAAAAUAGAGGAGCUUAACCAUUAUGCUUUAUAUGCACAAACAAACUAUAAUUUCUGAUAACCUUCCAGUGCACUGUCAGGUACAUAAAAUUGAUUCCUUGAAAGUCAGAACUGCUUCUCACAUGUAUUAUGUUUCUUAAAUGCAAAUAUAUCCAGAUCUAAGAAUGAACAUCUGCAUGCCUGCAGUACAAGGAUGCUGCAGUCAUAUACACACUUUCCAGAAGUAAACCCCUUUGAACAUCCCAUAGACAUGCACAGGAUUACAUCAUCUGAAAAUAAUUUCAGAAGAUGCUAGCUGUUUAUCUUUGUUUCAUUCUUUGUUAAUCUCCUAAAGGUAAUUGUGUUUAGAAACUGUUUUGUGAGUGAUUUUUUCACACACCUACCAAAAUAAGAAGACAAACCAAUAGGCUACAGGACAGUUAGUUAAGGUCUAAUUUCAGAAAAGGAUGUCGUGUUAAGAAAAUACUGAAACACCUGCUUUAAUUCUAGUUAAUCAUAUGUGAGUACAAUGAAAAAUGAUGGAAAUCAUUGUUUUCUUGACUAGGGCCAUAUUAAGCAAGGGUAGUAGUAUUUUAGUUUGCUUUUGGGAAGAUGGAAUAAAAUAAGUUCUGUGAGUAGUUAGCCAAAUAUAUCUUUUUCCAGCAAAGAAAAUGAAUAAAGUUUUUUUAACUGCUGCUGAGCAGGAAGUUUCUACCAAUUCUUAUAGCAGCAGAACACUGUUCUUUCCAGAAAUAAGAUUUUAGAUGGGCUGUUCUGUUGUACAGUGGCUUUUGAUCCAGCAGAUGCAUUAACAUUCACAGAAGUGGGGAGUAAUUUUCCCUGAUUCUGUCUUUCCUGUGCUACCUUCUCUGUCACCUUUACUCCUGUCCAGGAGGAUCAUCAAACCCUAGAACAUGUUUUUGGGGGAAAUGGGAAACAGUUACCCUAUUUCAAGUCAAUAUCUUCUAGAUAAAUGUGUAAGGCUGCUUGGAUUUCAGUAGUGAAUAUUUUCUGAGUUAGUAGCUCAGGACAGUAGUUUGAAAAUGCAUGCCCUUGAAGGGGCUGGGUUUGUAUAUUUAUUCUUUAAUUUAUUCAAUCAAGUUCUAAAUACUGUCUUAAGAUUGGUAGGCAUGUCAUGAGUGGAACUGGCUGGAGCUGGCUGGAGUGGGGGUCAGACUAGAUGGCCCAGGAGACCCUUCUGACUCACUCUGUUUCUGUUGUUGAGUCUGCUACUAUUUAAGCUUACAGCCAUACCUCUAAAAUACUAAUGUGUUAAAGUUUGAAUUUGCAAUGUCAGCUAUAUUUGAAGAAGAUGUAAUAAUUGUACUUAAAAAGCAAAACACUAUCAUACUAGGUUUAAGUUCCCACAUUUUUCACAGUUGUGGAUUCCCAUUGUUAUAAAUAAAGACUGAUUAUACUGUU